GCGUGCGUUUUAGUUGUUAUACGAAAAAAAGUACAUGCUGGUGUCAUUAUCAACUUUUUUAGACUGAUUUUUGUGUUUAUACUCACUUAAAAACAAUUUCACCAUGUAUUUGAUGUAUUAUUUGGAUGACAAUGGUAAUCGCAUCUACACCCUAAAGAAAAUGGAUCCUUAUGGAAAACCUACUCUGUCUGCACAUCCAGCGCGAUUUUCUCCAGAAGAUAAAUAUUCCAAGGAAAGAAUCACGCUGAAACGCAGAUUUGGGUUGCUUCCAACACAGCAACCAGCACCUGCUUAUUGAAAAGUGAAAUAUCAUAUUAACUUGAAAAUUUUUAUUUUCAUUGUACAUAAAACAAC